AAAUUUCUCAAAAUCCACUAACCAAAAAUAUCUGACUCUUCUUCUCUCUCCUUCAAACUUGCCUGUUUUCCCCCUAAACUCUACCCGCCAUUUCCGACCUCCCAAAACAAUUAUGCAAUUCCAACAACUAAUCACAAAAAAUAAAUCACCGUUCUAUCACCACCGUCUCCGGCACGGUGGCCGGCGAAUCAUUCACCACCAACCACCACAACUUUCUCUAUGAGAAAAUCACCUUUCUAUGUUGCUAAUGGCUCCGAAGCAUCUCUUUCAUCUUUUCCGUUAAUACCAGGUUCUACGAUAUUAUCUACGCCUUCACAUAUCCCUUCCAAUUUCAAUUCCAGUUUGCCGCUACCGGAUCCAUACUCGAAUUCUACUUUCCUUUUUCCUUCUGCUCCUGUUGUUGACGGAACCUUUGAUUUUGUAACAAUUUGUUUUAUCUCCGGUCUUCUUCUUCUUUCUCUACUUUCGUUUGUGUUUAUCUUCCAUCUCCGUCUUAGAUCUCGUCAAUAUCCGCACCUUAAAAAUUUCAAUUCUCUGUGGACCGUCCGUUUACUCCUUGUUUUCUUCGCUAUUCUUUGGGCGUUAAACGAAGUUUUCCGGCUAAAUUUCAUUCGCCGGAAUUACAUUCUCCCUUUCUUACCACCUCUAACCCUAAAUCAACAAGCAAAUCUGUGUAAAGUUCAUGUGGUUCUCUCUGUGGGUUUAUUUGAACCGGCGUUCUUAACCACCCUUCUUUUCUUAGUAAACGUGUCCAUUAAGAAUCAAAGUCCAAGUGGAAUUUGGGCUGUUAUCGUCGUCUGGCCGAUUUGUUUACCUCUUUUGGUGCUUCAGAUCCUUGCUGUAUUCUUCUCCCCAUUGCAGAAGCAUCUACCGAUAUACCUGCAUUCUAGCUCCUUCGUUUCAACAGAUAUUUUGGGGAACCAGACGGUGCUCUGUACUUACCCUGUGUAUAGUUCUAUUUUGUUUGGGGGAUUUACUGUUGCUUACUUGUUAGCCUUUGUAAUUUCGUGUUGGAGAGUUAUCUCCUUUGUAAUUAACAGAAAAAUUCAGGUACGGGUGAAUUUGCUGGCGACUUCUUUCAUGAUUGCGUUGCCUUUGCAGAUUCUGUGCUUAGUAUCAUUACCAAUUCGGCCGCCGGAUGACCCAUUCCACUGUGUUUCCAUGCUGGUGAUGUUCUUAGCUGUUGCGUGGUGUAUAACGGUUGGGGAGGUUACUUUGGUAAUUAAGCCGAUUGCAGAUGCAUUUGCCGCUGGUAGAGCAAGUAGCUGCCGUUUGAAUCCCGGAACUACGUUAGGACAUCCGAACGGUGAUGGAGGAAGAGUGGAAGGACAGAGUUAAGUAGCAAUGAGAAGUGGCCAUGAUCGCCGGCGGAGGACAUCAUGGUCAUUUUACUAAUCAACAGAGGGCGUUAUAGUUAUUAGUUAGUAUAGUUUAAUAUGGCCCUCUUUAUGUAAUUCUUAGAAAUUAGUGUACCAUAUAUGUAAUUAGCAGCUUAUGAAAUGGCCAACUCUUCUCUUUCCCCUGUUACAGAGAUUGUUUUCAUACUGUAAUGAGAAAUAUUGCUGCUUUAUUAUUGUUA